AUGGCACCAAAGAAACCAAGGGCACCAAAAGGACUAGGUUCUAUUCUAACAAGGAACAAGUCCAAAUCCCGAAGCUCAACUACAAAAAGAGCCAAAAUGAUAAGUGAAGAAGAACGCAUUGCCGGCCUUGCAAAAAUUGCCUCUCGGCUAGAAGCUUUUUGCAAGGAACGCCACACCUCACCUGAUCCUCUUCCCAUUUCAGGAGGUAGAGACUUAGGUCAGGGGUCUGUUAAAUGUGGUGACACGACACUUGACCGCUACAGGUCAGUCUGGAAAGGAAUGCUUGAUUUUUGCAUUCUUAUUGGCGACUACAUGUCUGGAAUAAUUCUCCGCCAGUCACAUUGCCCUGCAAAACCUCCACCAGUGGCCCUCAAAACGUGCAUCCUCUACAUGAGAUAUCGUGUACUGCCUCCAGGUACAAGUGUUAUCAAUCCAGAUUCAGCAACUCCUUUCGUGUAUGGCCCCGACAAGACUGAGCUCAAAGCUAUUGGCACCUGGACUGCAGAAUCCACUGUCGGCAACCUGAACAGUGCGCUUUGGACACUUCACAGGUGUUACGAGACAACCCGCCACAAGUAUCAGGAACAAUGCAAACAAUGCCGUGAAAUAGAUCCAGAAGAUUCCAAAAAAGGACAUGGCUGCAGUGACCAUGGAGGUAAUCCUCACUAUUGGAGGCGAGGCAAUCCUUCCAAAAGUGUUCUUUUUAAGAAUGCCCUUAACGUGUGA